GGAAUUAGAGAAGGAAAGGAAUAGACGGAGAAGCAAAAGAAUUAGAGAAAUGAGGACGGAGACAAGUGAGUCACAAGAAAGGGAAGAAGAGGGACGAUACAGGAAGGAAUUGAGGGUAAAAAAGGAGAUUGAGAGGAGGAAUGAAGAGAAGAAACGAAAAGCGGAGGAAAAAGAGGCGAAAAGAGCUAAAAAAGAGGCAGAAAGGGCUAAAAAAGAGGAAGAAAAGGCUAAAAAAGAAGAAGAAAGAGCUAGAAGAGAGGAGGAGAGGGCUAGAAGGGAGGAGGAGAGAGUUAAAAAGAAAGCAGAAAAAGAAGCUAAAGAUCAAGAAAAAAAUGAAGCAAAGAAAAAAAAGGAAGAAAAAAGAGAAAAUAAUGUAGAGAAGAAGCCAGAUUCUCAAUUAAAACUUCAAUGUUUUUUUUAUAAAACGCAUCCUAAAGAAAAUACAGUGGAAAUAAAAGAUUGUUUUAGUUCAGAUUAUGAAAAAUGUUUUAUCCCGUUUUUUGUUAAACAAUACGCGUUACUUUCAGACCAACAUGCAUUUGUACGGAAUCUAGAUGAACGUAUGACGAUUAUGAAAGAUAUGGAUGCAUUUUUGGAUUCGGAUUUUUCAAUUAUAUCUCCUAUCAAGCAUUUAUUAUCUCUUUUUAAAACCAAGCCUGUCCUAUUAUUUCGUCAACCUAAAUCACACAUUACUGUGAAAUACUUACUUCAAAAAUAUGAACAAUCUGAUUCAACAGAAGACCUUUUGAACAAAUUGAAAAUAUUUCCUAUGAAACUGCUUCAAUUUAAAGAAGAUGUUCGACCACCUUAUUAUGGCACAUUUUCUAAAUCAUCAUUUAUACUAACUCCAAGAAAUCCAUUUAAAAUUGACAAGGGUUUAUUUAAUUAUGACUAUGAUUCAGAAGCAGAAUGGAUAGAAGAAGAAGAAGGGGAAGAUAUUGAUAAUAUGGAUGAUAGUGAAGAAGAAGAAGAAGCAGCCGCAUUAAAAGAAGAUGAAGAUGAUAGGGACUUUCUUGAUGAUGAAGGCGAAUCAAAUAAUACAAAAAAAAAAGUGAUAGUAAAUUUAAUUCCUAGUGUUAAAGGCCUAUAUUGGCAACAUUCUAAUAAUAUGGAUACAGAUGAUUAUGAAUUAUUUAAGAAAUUCAAAAUGAACUCUUUAUUAGACAUAAAUCUUCCUAUCAAUCCUUAUCAAGAUUAUUGGUCACCAGAAUCAAACUCAAAUAAUGAUCCCAAGUUUCAAAACUCUACUGUAAAGACAAAUUCUUCAGUAUUACCUCCUAAACCUUCACUACAUUUUCCACAGGAUUCACUUCCAUCUUUUUUAAAAAUAAUUCAAGGAAGCACUCAAACAAAAGUAUUACUUGUAGAAACAUUACGGCAAAAAUUUUCAGAUAUUAAUAAACAAACAAUUCAAUGGAAAUUAAAUACUGUUGCACGAAGAAAUGGCAAAGGCGUUAAUAAUACAUGGGCCGUUGAUCCAUCUGUUUGGCACUCUGUUUUUGGCGAUAAUCAAAAUCCAUAAUAUAUACAUUCAAAAAGAAAAACAAAUAUUUAUGAUCAAACAAAU